UCUACUGACCUUGAUUCUCUUCCCUCUCUAAGGACUCGGGAUCUGCUUCGGGCUGGGGUGUUGAAGGAGAAGCCCCUCUGGUAUGACGUAUACGAGGCCUUCCCACCGUUGAGGGAGCCGGUCUUCCAAAGACCCCGCUUGCGAUAUGGCAAAGCCAAAGCUCCCAUUCAGGACAUCUGGUACCACGAGGAUCGGAUAAGAGCGAAAUUUUAUUCUGCCUAUGGGUCUGGCCAAAAAGCUUUUGAUCUGUUCAACCCAAACUUCAAGUCAAACUGUCAACGGUUUGUGGAGAAGUACCUUGAGCUGCAGAAGCUUGGAGAAAUAGAUGAAGAGAAAUUAUUUGUGGAAACGGGGAAGGCUUUAUUGGCAGAAGGUGUCAUUUUAAGACGAGUAGGAGAAACAAAGACUCAGCAGGAAGGUAGUCACAUUUCCUGGAAAUCUGAACAUGCAAGUGUCACACCUCAAACUGCAUUGGAAGGAAACCAGCCUCAGAAAGACGCUGCCCAGGACCCGAAUUUGGAGACACCUGAAGUGCAGUCUAAAGGUCUCUCCCCUCCCUGAAGGACUGGUGUACUGUGAACAUUGACGGACAGCUGUGCUCACUGGAUGAGUGCUGAGCUAUUUUUAACAGUUGAACUAUGUAAAUGUUUCUUGAUCUCUAAGGCACUGUGUUUGCCUUGUUUUAGUUCCUUUUUCCGGAUUGUUAUAAGCUCAGUAUCAUGGUUUGAAAGAAGCAGUUUUGUGAACUUUCAGGACAUUACUAAAUAAAGGAUUCCCUGGCUGCUUAUAAAGUAAAUUUACUUUGAAUUUGUAAAUAACAUGAAGAAACCUUCAUAAAGAUUGUUUGAACGGGCCUUGUUCUGAAUAGGUUUGCUCAGAGGUGUGUGUUAGCAUGUGGCUGGCUACAUUUGAUUCUCUGACAUGAAUCUUGUCUGGAUCCUUCAGGUUUUUACUUGCACACGUAGUGUGCUCCCUUGACAGCUGUUUCUGUUGGCAGAUAAUCUUGGUACUUUUUGCCAUAAAACUGUUAACUUCAGCUCCAGAGUCUGAGCUGACCUGUGCUUUGUGGGGAGAGUGAGGACCUAUCUUUAGACAAAGGUCAGAACUUGAAUUUCAUGGAUUAAGUGUGUUGGAGACAAUUGGCUUAAGCCUGCACAUAGUAGACUGCUUGGAAAAUGUCUGUUGAAUGAGUGAAUAAAUGAAUGAUUACACCCAACUCAAGACUGAAUUUAAAUGAUGUCUCUGGAGAUCACUGGAUCGCCCAGGUGGUGGGGGGCAUCUAAUUCAGAUGUACUCCAUGAACAUCUUCCCUCCCUCAUCCUCACUGGCUGGACAUAUGAAUUGACUUUCUCAUUUCCCUGGAUUUUACUAAAUAAAUGAAACAUUCCUCUGUUA